GCAUUGUGUGUGUCGCCGAGUCUCUUGUGGGGAGUAGAGUCGGUGAACGCAGUGCACCACGAGGUGCCGCCAUUGAUUGAGUUCAUGGUGACGAACUGUGUGCAGAUUUUUGGAAAUGAAGUCCCAUUUGCAUUUACUGCUGGAAAGCGACUCGUGAGAGUGAGAAGUGACAGCGAUGGAACAAAGUAUCGGAUACAUUCCAAGCAGGACAACAUGCUGCCUCGUGAUUCGGUCUCGUCGACUGAAAUGGAGUAUGGAGAGUCGGGUGAUGAGGCAGCUUCUCCUCAGUCGACGAUCUCUAAGGAUUCUGCUCUCACUGCUAGUGACUCAAAUCUUUACACAGAACAGGAACAGAGCAGUUCAAACCGAAGAGAAUCGACGGGAAGUCGUGGCAAUAAUACUGCAGGAAAUCGGAGACACGGUUCUUCAUAUUCGUGGAAAUCCUCGUCUGGAUGUGGUGGCUCUGUGUCAGAACGAGAUGCAGUAGAGAAGAGAGGAGCAUUCUGUAGAAGUAAAAGUGAUGAUGUGAGAGUGUCGAGUGAAAGCCUGAAUGGAAACGGAGGUAGCCUGCCAUCUAGUCUGCAGGAGGAUACUCCAUUUUUAAGUGGAGAAAUUACAGCUAGUGGCUCGAUGCCGUCUCUGUGUGGUGAAGAUGAUAUGUUGGAUACGAAGAUGAUGGCACCUGCUGGCUUACCUAGAACGUAUUCUGAUAUUCCUACUUCUCCAACAAAGUUGAAGAGUCAUCCAAUGCUUCAAAGACGUCAAACACCUCCAAAAGCCCCACCUGCAACGAGAAGGCUUCCCGGUCAGCCACCUACUGCUCCUAAUCUGGUAGAGAGAAGAGAACGUCCUGGAGCUGCAGGACAAGGAUAUGUCGAUGUCAGUGGAGGAUGGUCUCGGCCUCUCAGGCAAAGUCGGGUAUCACCUCGGAGAAAACAUGGAAUGGGGAGCAAGUCGGCUCCGUCCAGUCCAGAGACGGACAGAGCUUUGGAGACCGGGCAAUCGAGUCGAAAUAUUUCUCUUCCUUCAUAUGAUUGGGCUGUUGAGCAGAAUGCCAGAGUUUCUCCUGGUUCAAUGUCUCAUUACGUUCAACAGUCAUGGCAGCUCGAGUCAGCCAACAAACCUUCAAGAAUUGCCUUGGAUCGUUCCUACAGUGUAGGGGUCACGACAUCGACUGCAUCCGAGUUGAGUACUUCACUUGGCAGCAUGAGUUACAAAGCAGCAAAAUCGCAUUUCUAUGUUCCUCACACACAGGCAUCAGUUCCCGAGUAUACAACUGUUGUAACUGCUGAGGUGCUGUCUGGAGGUCAGAUGAAACCGAAUAUGACAACAGUUAUUCAUCCUAUCAUUCAUGGGAAAGAUUCCCCGUCUCAGUCAACUAAAAAGAAAACGAUGUUCUAUCACAGAGUAUCGACAUCGGGUGCUGCAACUCCACCAACUCGAACUGACUUACCUAAUUUUAAGAGCAAAUCUCGGUCUCUUGACACGUGGCAGAAGAAACAAGGUUACUUCUAUCAGCCUGAAAGUAACAGAGAUUUAGAAGUACCUUUUCACCGAUCGUCAACAUACAGCAGUGUGCGAAAUAAAUCAAGAAAGGAUGAGGCCUUUUCCUCAUUUGUCAAGGACACUGAUAUGUCAGAUUUCCAAGUGAAUCGUCCUCGUUCGCGACACAGAGGCUUGUCACAAAAGUUUUCUUUUAGUGAACGGUCUGUAACAGAGCCCAAUAUUCCAUUGACCUCGUAUCAACACGAAGUGAGAACAUCAUCAUCAAUGGAUUCUUGUGAAAACGAGAUGAGGAAAUUUGAUUGUGACUUUGGUCUGAGUGGGAGCUUUCCUGAAGUGAGAAGAAUAAAGUCGGUCGAUCAAUUACGACAACGUCUUGAAUCAUCUGGAGUAGAUUCUUCUCCAUUACCUGAUCGACGGGCUGUAGUUUCAGCAUUUGAGAGCCGAUCCGCCGAAAACUUUAAGAAACCUUAUUCAUCACGACCUUUCCAAUUGAAAACUGACAUUUCUGGUCGAUAUGUGGGCUUGACACAACCGUCUUCUCACAUUGGAGCUUUUAGACGAUAUUCUCCAUCUGGUCACAAUUCACCGGGUUUGUUGAGUGCUUCAUCAAAGCAUCACGGUCCUCCACGGUUACGUCGUCUUCCUUUGCAACGGAGCUUUGAUUCGGCAAUGGAUGAUAUUAGUGCUGAGGAAGACUCAACACCGGAUGAGGAAAACAGCGAACUGUUUUCUGGACUUGAAGAAUCGUUUGUGUGAUCGUGUGUUGAGGGAUUUUAUAUAUAAUUUCUACAAUGUGAUGGCCGGUAUUACAACAACACUACCGUGUUGCCUUAUUAUAACAGAUAUGACUGAUACAACAGUUUUUGGUAGAAACAGUUGCAUAGCAAUGAUAAUAGAGACACCAGGCAAACAGGUUUUACAUAAUGAUUUGUACAGGAAAUUGAGAUGUAGUUCUCCUAUUGUUAUAAUUGAAUUAUUAAUUGUCAUUUGA